AUGGGUGUGAAGCAAUUCAUACGGUUUGAUCAAUCGCUUUACCUGGUAGCAUCCAUUCAAAUCUGCCGUGAUCUCCAGUACCCCAGGUCAGAAGAAGUCUUUCGUCGUAACAUUGGAUCCUCUGCUGUGCGAUCGAGUCAGAAUUCCAAGCAAGGACCCUCGAAUCCAUCAUCCCCGACGAACAAGGUAACUCCUGCUGCGUUGCCGAUCACGUCGAGUACCGACAAGACACAGCACCCACCAAUUCCAGCCCCUCAUGCACCCAGCAGCUUCUUAGAUACAAAUUACAUCAAGUUACAAACUAUAGCAGAUGAUCUACGUCCUUUCUUACAAUCCAAAUGGGACGCCAAGAUGACUAAAAAAAUUACAAAGCCUCAAAUCUACCGUAUCGUGUUUCAUUUCGAUCCUGCAACAAAGUCCCGUCCGACUCAUUUGAAACAAGUCCUGAUCGCCGCAUUCGACAAGGACGUCAAACCAUUGAUUCAACCUUAUUAUAUCUCCUCCCGACAUCCUGCUGGUGAUGAAAUGGAAACCGAAGAAACAACCAAAUCAGAUCCAGACUUCGAUCCACUCAGCAGCAAAACAACUUGUCAAAUGCUCAGAGACGCUAUUCAAAAAAAAGAACCGGAAGUUGAAAUACCAAAAAUUGCUCGUCGUGAAGGGUUGCUCUGGCUUUACAAGGCCUACGUUGACAGUGAUAUUUGUAUACCAAAAGAUUCCCGAUGGACUUCCAAACCCCGAGUCCUAGCUGGUGACCGGCUUCAGCGAGAGACUGUUGAAGAUCUCCGUUUCGCACUGCAAUUGUACGCUCCCCAAGUGUUUGUUCACUCGGUAGCUAUGGUACACCCGGUGAUGGUUAGUCUCUAUCAACAAUUUGUCAGAGAAGAACCCGAGACUGUGUCUCGUAAAGCAGUGGAAGGUUUCCAUUACUCUAUCAUCACGAUUUAG